UCUAAGGUGUUGGGUUUCUCCUCAAGAGCAGACAGGGCUCGGCAGGUGCAGCAGGUGGGGUCUGAGCAGAGCGAGUGCUCUCUGUAGCAUUUCUGUCUCCUGGGGGCACAGAGUUCGUACAGAGACUUGAUGGAAAUAGCUUUAUGAAGUCUUUGUUCUGCCUCAUGAUCUCCCUUCGGAAUGAAAUACAGUGCUUUGAGGGCAGAGACCUGUGAACAAGUUCUUGACACUGAAACACCUUUGGAAAUGCUUAACCUCAGCCUGAGUUUGGUUUUGGUCUAUAUCCCAGUUUCUGGCAUUUGGUUUUCUCUGCUGUCCAAUUGUUUGCUGACCCUGUAUCCAAGGCUCUCACCAAAGGCUGUCUGUGUCCUGUGGCAGGGGCAGGUGGCUUUGCUGAGGAGGGAGAGGAGUAAACAUUUGAGAUCCUGCUCUAUUUCCUUCCCUGAAAGCAUUUCUUGAACCUUUAGAGAGAAAGCAAGCUCUGCAGCUUCGAAGAGCGCUUUGGCAGAACGCACAGACGGGCUCCAUGCUCCGUGCAGUGUUACCAGCACACAAAGUGCUCGGUUAAGGGCUGGGUUAAUUUAACAAACACAUCUCUCCUGGCUCCCCGAUGAGUUCUGAGCAGGGUUCAUCCCUCACCAGCCUUGUCAGCAAACCUCUGCCUCGGUGACGAGGGAGGAACACGGGACUGGCCUUGGGUAACCGGCAGAUGACUCCACGAGGCGCUGACAGGGCACCCGCGGGCUGGUUUCACUUUCCUGGCCCCUGGAACUGCCCUGGCUUUGGCCAAGCACGUUGUGACUGCCACCUUCAUCCAGGUGAUGCUCCCACUUCCCCACACAGCUCUUCGCUGUGCAGGUUUCAUCUUGCUCUCUACCUGCUCAGUGUCUGCAAGUACCGAUCCCGUGUGUGAGAGACAUUGUUUGAGGUCACAUAUCCACUUACCCUGUAGGCUGGAAGGAAAUAGCAUUCACUGAUUACAGCAAUGAUAUAACAGUAACUGUGCAAUGGCCUUUUACUUGGGUUUGGUGUUUAUUCUUUUCCUUUUGAUUUUCCAGGCUAUGAAUGAGACCAGUGAGUGUUUUCUGACAAACAGAGUACUAGAAAAAUAUUAUCUCUCCACCAUGUACACCCUUGAGUUCAUUUUAGGUGCCAUUGGAAACACCAUUGUGGUGUUUGGCUACAUUUUCUGCCUGAAAAAAUGGAAAAGCGGCAACAUCUACCUGUUCAAUUUAUCCAUAUCAGAUUUGUUAUUUCUGUGCACUCUGCCAAUACUGGUGAACAGCUACUCCCAACAUCAGUGGGCAAAGGAGGGCGUGCUGUGCCACAGCAACAGGUUCCUGCUGCACGCCAACCUGUACAGCAGCAUCCUCUUCCUCACCGCUAUCAGCGCUGACCGCUACAUGCUCAUCAAGCACCCCUUCAGGGACCACACCCUGCAGAAGAGGAGAACAGCUCUCAUGGUGUCCAUUGCCAUAUGGAUUGGGGUGAUCCUGGAGCUGCUGCCACUGGUGCAUUUCCUGGAGCCUCCAACUCCCAGCAGCAAUUACAAAUGUCUCGAUUACGCAAGCUCCGGAGACCCCGUGAGAAACCUCAUCUAUAGCAUGUUCCUGACUGUCUUCGGCUUCCUCAUUCCCCUCCUGACCAUGUGCUGCUUCUACGUGAAGAUGGUUCGUUUUCUUAAAAACAGGAGCGAGCAAAUCAGCUCUGCCCUGCCCCUGGAGAAGCCCCUUACCCUGGUGAUCCUCACCAUGGUCAUCUUCUCCCUGCUCUUCACUCCCUACCACGUCAUGCGCAACGUCCGGCUCGCGUCCCGAAUUCCGGCCUUGAACGUCUCUGAGUGCACGCAGGGAAUCAUCAGCACCAUUUACAUCAUCACCAGACCCUUUGCCUUUCUGAAUAGUGCCAUUAAUCCUGUUUUUUAUUUCCUAAUGGGUGACCAGUUCAGGGAGAUGCUGAUGGCCAAAACAAGACAGCUCUUGGGCAGGCUGACAACCACUGGGAAGUGAAGGAGUAAGGAGACCCCUUGCAGUGGGAGAGGUCUGGGAGGAAACUCUCUUAGGGAGAGCAUUCAACAAUGUGAUUUUCUUUAGAUAACUUUAUUUAUGCAAUAGAAUAGGUGUGAGCUGAUUGUGUUCCUCUAAAUGCAGCUGUUACCUUAUUGUAUGGGAGAUUUCUGCUGAGCUGCCUGCAGCAAGCCAGGGGGGGAAUGCUCUGCUGGAGCAGGACAGCAGGACCGUGCUCUCUGACUGGGACACCCCACAGCCAGGUAACACGGCCAUCAAAAGAGCAUCAAGUCAGCUCCUGGAGGGAGAACACACUGCUCUCAGACAGCUGCUCCGUGAGCCAUAACGUGGGCUUGGGCUGGGACACAGCGCGCCUUCCUGCGUCACCAGGCACGCUGCCACGGCACUCACACAGCCUCUCGUGCGGGAUGGAGUUACCUGUCUCCAGUGUAACUGUCCAAAAGUGCCCGUGGCAUCCACAGCCUGAAGCAGAACUUCCUUCAAACUUCAUUAGCAAGUUCUACUAAUGAACCAGGAGCUAAUGAGGAGCCAGUCCCUGCCUGAUCCCUGCAGGAUCGAUCAGCAGCACAAGUUACUCUCCAAUGGACUGACCUGACUUCAAAGAGACAGGGGAAAGAUCGAUGGGGUAAUGAGCUCCUGUGAGCUCGGGCUGGCCAGGGCUGCUGGGAGGGAAGGUGGGCAGGGUGUGGGCAGCCCCCUCCCCUGCCUGUGCUGCUGCAGGCACCGAGGGGCCCCAGCCCUGCCAGGGACUCACUGCUCCAGGGAUCACCCAGCUCACCCUGGCUUCUGCUCUCUGAUGUGUCAGUCACCUGCAAUGUGCUUCACCGUGCUGGAGGCACCAGCUCCCAGAUA